AUGUAUAUGACCUGCCAGGCCCAGCUCUAUAAAUUCUCGGCAGUCGACACAAAUGCUGCCAGGUCCUCCAAAGCUCGAAUAAACAACAAAACAGGUGAAGAGAAGGCCAUCAUGACUUCCAAACACAACAAGCCCCUACCCUUCGUUCUCCGCGCCCUCUGCCUCCAAGAUGGAGAGCAGCCACUAAACGCGGACAGCCCGCCGACGAUAACAGAGGUCACCCGUCUCAAAGACAAAAAAUUCUGCAUCAUCCGCGCGAUCCCAUGGAACCCUCACAACCUCGACCCCGAGCUCUACGCCGGCCACCUCGAAUACUGGGCCGCCACCUCUCCCGCCACGCCCACCACCUCGGGAGAGAGAACUUCCCCACGCAUCAAAGAGCGUCUGCGCAACGUGGUCGAGCUCGACGACGCUGAAGUGGUAAAGCAGUUCCAACGCAUCUACUCCGGAGACUUCCCGUGGGCUGAUCUCAACACGCGGAUCACGAGUGGGUUCAAGACCGGGGCGUUGAGCAAGGCGGACUUGGAUUUUUGGGACAAGUCUGUUGAGGGUUAUCAGGAGUAUGACGAGGUGUCUGAGCAGAAGGGAAGUGUUACUGUCGCCAACGCCAGGGCGGCGGUGAAUGAUCUGUUGUUGUGGAUGUUGGCUGUGGAUUUAGUAUGGGGGUUCGAAGGGAGUGAUGAGGUGCUGAAGAAGCUGGGCAAGAGGAACUUGACGCUGGGGUAUUAUAUGGCGCCACUGUUGUAUGAGGUUAAAGUCGUGGUGGAUAAUAGCGUGACGAGGUGGAGGAAGAAUUGUUGGAUUUGUGGGAGUAUGUAUCUUGAGGAUGUUCAUAAUGUCGAGGCUGCUGGCGCGUGUUCGCGUGAGGAGAAGGGCGAGAAAAAAUAUUGA